CAGCGACGUCUGACGCAGGCUUCCCAGUUUGGGGGCGGAGCUUGGGUGAGUUUGAGAAACAUGGAGGGGAAAGCGAAGCUGGGCAAAUCAGAGGAGGCAGGUGUGGACGCCCAGACUCACCACACGAGGCCCAGAGUCCUUGCAGAGGCCCUGGAAGAUGCGAGGCCGAGGUCCCCAUCUCUAGUUUCAAGUUUCCAGAAGCGUGGCGGACUCCCCCGCCAUGGUCCCCUGCGCCAGGAGAGCUGCGGGCGUCCCUCCCGGAUGGCCCUGACCCCACCUUCCCGGAUGGCCCUGACCCCACCUUCCCCAGCUAACCUCCGUGCCGACCCUGUGGCCCUGCGGAGAUGCCGGGAGGAUGUGGGGUGGCGAGGUGGGGGCUGAGGCAGGACUCUGGGGGUGCAGAGGCCCGCCUGCUCCCGGAAGGAGGAAGCUGCACAGGGUGUCUGUGGCUGGGCCCCGGGAUCCCCGACCAGGGGAACUUCCUCUUCCUCUCAGGGCAGGUGUAGCUGCCACAGCCGGACCAACACCCUGGCCCUGUCAUGGAUGGGGGCAAGGGGCCCAGACUCAAAGACUUCCUGAGUGGGAGCCUGGCCACCUGGGCGCUGGGACUGGCCGGCCUGGUGGGAGAGGCGGAGGAGCCGGAGGGGGAAGAGGAGGAGGAAGGAGAGGGGCCCCUUUGCCCGGAGAAGAAGUUCUUGCAUCUCAGCGAUGGGGCCCUGCUCCUCCGGGUGCUGGGCAUCAUAGCUCCUAGUUCUCGAGGGGGACCUCGGGUGGUCGCGGGCCGUGAUGCUCCUUCAUCCUGGCGGGUGCGGAACCUGAACCACCUGUGGGGCCGGCUGAGGGACUUCUACCAGGAGGAGCUGCAGCUGCUGAUCCUGUCGCCACCCCCAGACCUCCAGACGUUGGGGUUUGACCCCUUCUCAGAGGAGGCGGUGGAGGAGUUGGAAGGCAUCCUUCGGCUCUUGCUGGGGGCGUCAGUGCAGUGUGAGCACCGGGAACUCUUCAUCCGACACAUCCAGGGCCUCAGUCUUGAGGUCCAGAGUGAGCUGGCUGCUGCCAUCCAGGAGGUGACGCAGCCUGGGGCCGGUGUGGUGCUGGCACUGGCUGGGCCCGAGCCUGGGGAGCUGGAGCCUCCGGAACUGGAGAUGCUGUCCCGGAGCCUCCUGGGGACUUUGUUAAGGCUGGCACGGGAGCGUGAUAUGGGGGCCCAGCGGCUGGCUGAACUGCUGCUGGAGAGACAGCCGGCCCCCUUGUUGCCAGAGGCUCCUGCCAGGACUCCCCCAGAGGGCCCCUCACACCACCUGGCCCUGCAGCUGGCCAACACCAAGGCCCAGCUGCGGCGCCUGAGGCAGGAGCUGGAGGAGAAGGUCGAGCUGCUGCUAGACUCCCAGGCGGAGGUGCAGGGCUUGGAGGCCGAAAUCCGACGGCUCCGCCAGGAGGCCCAGGCGCUGUCGGGACAGGCCAAGCGGGCCGAAUUGUACCGCGAGGAGGUAGAGGCGCUGCGGGAGCGGGCCGGUCGCCUGCCCCGCCUGCAGGAGGAGCUGCGACGCUGUCGCGAGCGGCUACAGGCGGCCGAGGCUUGCAAAAGCCAGCUGGAGGAGGAACGGGUUCUCUCCGGGACUCUGGAAGCCUCCAAGGCGCUACUGGAGGAGCAGCUGGAGGUUGCUCAAGAGCGCUGUGCUAGGCUGCAUGAGACUCAGCGUGAGAAUCUGCUGCUGCGGACCCGUCUGGGCGAGGCCCAUGCGGAGCUGGACACUCUGCGGCAACAGGUGGAGCGCCUGGCAGAGGAGAAUGUGGAGCUGGAGCUGGAGCUUCAGCGGAGCCUGGAGCCGCCCCUGGGCUCUCCCGGGGAGGCACCCGUGCCAGGAGCAGCCCCCUCCCUUCAUGAUGAAGUGAGAGAGGCAGAGGCCGGGCGGCUGCAGACCCUGGAGAGGGAGAAUCGGGAGCUUCGGGCCCUUCUGCAGGUGCUCCAGGGGCAGCCUGGGGGCCAGCACCCCCUGCUGGAGGAGCAGAGCGAGGACUCCUUGGUUCCAGAGCUGGAUGUGACUCCCCAGACUUGCCUGGCCUCAGACCUGGGCCCCCAGGGUUUGGCCGGCCAGGUGGGGGAUGAAGGCACCCAGGCCUUGGACCUGGCUCCCCCGGUAUCAGACUCGGCCCUUGAGAGAGUAGCUGUGCCUCCCCAGGCUUCUGACUCAGACCCACAGGUGAUAGAGAGACCCCUCCAGGUGGCUGCCGCGGCCCCCCAGACCUCAGACUUGACCAUCCAGGAAUCAGGCCGUGCGGUAGCAACACAGGAGUCCCUGGAGAAGGCUGGCCAUGGAGCCCUUCUCCAGAUCCCCAGCGCUGUGGUCUCGCCUCAAGUUCCAGGGGUGGAAAUUCAGGCCGAGCUGUUGGGAGGAGAGACUGGAGAGCCAGGGCCCAAAGCCCAGGUACUGAGGCAAGAGGGCCCUGCAAGCAAGCCUGGACCCUCAGAGCUCAGCCUCCGUGGGCAGCUGGAGGAGCAGGAGACCCCAGGCCAAGGGCUGGACCUACCCCAAGGGCAGAGAGAGGCCAGAGAGCAUGAACAGAAGCUGGAGGGGAUGGCUGGGGACCCAGGCCAGCAAAAUCCACAGCAGAAGUUGGAAGGGGUGCCAGAGGCCCAGACCUGGGAAGGGCCGAUCCCAGGGGAGAUCCUGGCUGGUGGUGUCCCAGAGCAGGAGGCCCUAAGGGAGGAGGUGGUGCAGCUCAGGAAAGAGGCUGAGGCCCUUCGAGCGGAGCUAGAGGCCCAGGCCCGGAGGCUGGAGGCCCGAGGCACGGAGGCUGCCCGCCUCUCUGAGGAGCUGGCUCAGGCACGGAAGGCAGAGACCGAGGCCCAGGGGGAGGUGGAGGCCCAGGCCCGGGAGCAGGCUCGGCUGCGGGAGGCCGUGGAGGCAGCCGGCCGGGAGCUGGAGGCCGCGUCGAGGGAACGGGAGGCACUGACAGAGGCCCUGGCAGCCACAGGCCGAGAGCGGAGGCAGUGGGAGCGUGAGGCGCCCAGACUGAGGGCCCGGGCUGAGGCAGCUGAGGAGCGGCUGCAGGUGCUGGAGAACGAGGGCCACCAGCACCUGAAGGAGGCUGAGAGGGAGAGGCAGGCCCUCAAGGAGGAGCUAGAGAAGGCCGUGGUGCGGGGCCGGGAGCUGGGGGCGCGGCUGGAGCACCUGCAGAGUGAGCUGGAACAGGCGGCUCUGGAGCGCCAGGAAUUUCUGCGAGAACAAGAGUUUCAGCACCAGAGGUACCAGGGCCUAGAGCAGCGGCUGGAAGCAGAGCUUCAGGCGGCGGCCACCAGCAAGGAGGAGGCCCUGAGGGAGCUCAAGACCAGGGCUCUGCAGCUGGAAGAGGAGCUGGUCCAGCUGCGCCAGGGCCCCGAGGGGCUGGGUUCCGAGGGGCACGCUGAGCUGAAGACCCCGGGGGCCCAGAGUGGGCGGCUCAUCGAGGUGGAGCGCAGUAAUGCAACACUGGUGGCCGAGAAGGUGGCUCUGCAGGGACAGCUGCAGCACCUGGAGGGGCAGCUGGGGAGCCUGCAGGGGCGAGCCCAGGAGCUCCUGCUGCAGAGUCAGCGAGCCCAGGAGUACAGCAGCCGCCUGCAGGCUGAGAAGUCUGUCCUGGAGAUGCAGGGCCAGGAGCUGCAUAAGAAGCUGGGGGUGCUGGAGGAGGAGGUGCGGGUGGCCCGGCAGUCCCAGGAGGAGACCCGGGGGCAGCAGCAGGCUCUGCUGCGGGAUCACGAGGCCCUGGCCCAGCUGCAGCGGCGGCAGGAGGCUGAGCUAGAGGGACUGCUGGUCCGGCACCGUGACCUCAAGGCUAACAUGCGGGCGCUGGAGCUGGCCCACCGGGAGCUGCAGGGCCGGCACGAGCAGCUGCAGGCCCAGAGGGCCAGCGUGGAGGCGCAGGAGAUGGCCUUGCUGGCGGAGCGAGAACGCCUGAUGCAGGACGGGCAUCGGCAGCGCGGCCUGGAGGAGGAGCUGCGGAGGCUGCAGAGUGAGCAUGACAGGGCUCAGAAGCUGUUGGCAGAGGUGUCUCGGGAGCGCGGUGAGCUGCAGGGUGAACGUGGGGAGCUGCGGGGCCGGCUGGCACGGCUGGAGCUGGAGCGGGCCCAGCUGGAGGUGCAGAGCCAGCGACUGCGUGAGUCCAACCAGCAGCUGGACCUGAGUGCCUGUCGGCUGACCACGCAGUGCGAGCUGUUGACAGAGCUUCGGAGCGCCCAGGAAGAGGAGAACCGGCAGCUGCUGGCUGAGGUGCAGGCGCUGAGCCGGGAGAACCGGGACCUCCUGGAGCGCAGCCUGGAGAGCAGGGACCACCUGCACCGCGAGCAGCGCGAGUACCUGGACCAGCUCAAUGCGUUGCGCCGUGAGAAGCAGAAGCUGGUGGAGAAGAUCAUGGACCAGUACCGAGUGCUGGAGCCUGGACCCCUGCCCCGGACCAAGAAGGGCAGCUGGUUGGCAGACAAGGUGAAGAGGCUGAUGCGGCCCCGGCGGGAGGGGGGCCUCCAUGGGGGGCCACGCCUGGGGGCCGAUGGGGCUGGCAGCACCGAGAGCCUGGGGGGCCCCCCAGAGACGGAGCUCUCCGAGGGCAGGGAGGCAGAUGGGACAGGGUCCCCUGCCCCGGCACCCAUGCGCCGGGCCCAGAGCUCCCUCUGCCUGCGGGAUGAGACCCUGGCAGGGGGGCAGCGGCGGAAACUCAGCUCACGAUUCCCUGUGGGGCGAAGCUCUGAGUCAUUCAGCCCUGGGGACACCCCCAGGCAGCGAUUCCGACAGCGCAGGCCGGGCCCCCUGGGCGCGCCCACCUCCCAUGGCAAAGGACCUGGCGUGGGAUGGCAUGGCUCCAUCGAGACCCUGUCCGAACACAAAGCAGAUGCUAACGGAGAGGGCCUCGAGGUGCAGGAGCCGGAGAAACGCCCUCUUGCCCCUUCCCUCAGCCAGUGACACCAUGUGGACGGGGGGCUUGGGAGUGCAGUCCUUUCAGCACCAGAGUCCCGGUGGGGGUCUCCGACAGCCCAAGAAUUCGGGGAUCCAGGCCGCCUGGAGCCAGUCCUUGGACAAGGAGGCCUGGGCCCCCAGUUCCUCCAAGGCCUACCCUGGGGCCCUGAGAUGGAGCUGGGAUAAGCCUGUGGACAGAGGGGACAGCUGGUCCCCAGGAGCAGCUCCUCGCCAGGGCACCAGCUCUGCCUUGCGGCCCUCGCUACGGAGGCCGGCUCCGGGUGACCCCCCAGCUGAAGGAGACGGGCAGAAGUGGGCAAGAGAGCUCGCUGCCUGGUCUGGGCGGGGAGCCAAGGACCAUUCAUUGGGGAGGGUGACCUGGGCCCAUCUCUGAGCUGUAUCUGGUUUGUGAGGGACCUGAGAAUAAAGCUGAGGUACGACCACCUGAAUUUGUGCUCUGUGCCUAGUGGUGGUGUCCAGGAGUCCCAAGGCACCCACCAUGUACACAACCAAAGUCUGUGUGGGCUGGGGUCCGUGCCCAUUGGCUUCCUCACCCUGCCCAGGGCGGCAAAGGGCUUUCUUCGAGGGACGGGCUAGUCGGGCUCACUUGGAUGUCCCAGUGGGGUGGGCAGGUGGGGUUCUGGGUAGCCCAAGUCUGGGCUCCGCCUUUGCUUAGAAGGUGGGGUCUGGGCUCCAGUGGAGCCCCAGAUGCUCCGCCCCCUCCCUCUUCCCUCCUUUUACUUCUUCUUCUUUUUUUUUUUUAAAGAUUUUAUUUAUUUAUUUGAGAGAGAGAGAAUGAGAGAGAACACAUGAGGGGGGGAGGGUCAGAGGGAGAAGCAGACUCCCUGCCGAGCAGGGAGCCCGAUGCGGGACUCGAUCCCGGGACUCCAGGAUCAUGACCUGAGCCGAAGGCAGUCACCCAACCAACUGAGCCACCCAGGCGCCCCCUUUUACUUCUUCUUGCCUCCUCAUCCUCUUUCUCCACCCCUCUAGGGUUGAGCUCCUCCCCAGUGGGUUCUCAGCCCAGUGGGAUGUCACCUAGUGUCACGGGCUUUCAUGGAGGGAUAAAGAGGUGGGAAGGACACUGGUCUCUGACCAGCGCUUCCAGAACGACGCCCAGGAAAGAGGCAAUUAGGCUAGGUGGCAGGACGUGAGUCAAGGCACCCAGGGCCGCCCAGGGUAGGGUGGGGCUGCCAGGGCUGAGGUGAGGCAGCCUGAAUCUGGGGGUGGCCAGGCCAGCCUCCCCAGGGUGACCGGCAGCAGCCUGACUCAUGGGGUUUCCACAGCUCCCCUUGGGGAUAACUGACGGCUCUGCUCUCCUCUCAGCCCAAGCUUCAGAGUGUGGUGAGGUGGGAGCCGACCCCCGGCCUCCAGCAGGGCUGAGGAGCUGAAAGCCCCUCCCCAUAGGCCUCAGCCUGGGGGCUCUGAUGACCACCCUGCUCUGUUGGUGGCUCCUGUCAGUCGUCAGGGAGGCUCUGGAGGACAGGCCAGCCAGGGGCCCUGGGCCGGACCGUGAGAGGAGGCCCCCUGUGAGGUUACUUUGGGCUCUGUGCUGGGCUUGGGGACGUCGGGACAGAAGCACGUGAGAGGUGCGUGGCACUGGUUGGGCUGCGAAGGGUGGCUGGGGGCUGCCGUGCUUCCACAGGCCCACUCUGAAGAGAUUGGUCAGGAAAUCAGCCACCCCUCCUGUCACAGAGUUGGGCUUGGCUCCAGUACCCUCUCAGCGCCCCCUGCAGGUGCUCCCUGGGCAGGCGCUGCCCAGAGACAGGGUGGUCAGGGCCCCUGAGCCCCCAGGCCCUCCCCUGCACAGGCAAGUCCACACUUGAGUGAGAGGUGCUGGGCAGAGGCCUCCAGGGCAGCACCUGGAAAAGGGUAGCCCUGAGGCUUCAGGCUGUCAAGGAAACCUGCACAUCCCCUCCCCCCCUUUGUCCUGGUCAAGGGGUGAUCAAAACUGAGUGAGUGAAUUGAGAUCUCUCUGAAAUGCCUCACUUUGGCUGGCGGCUAAGAACUGGACAGAGAUGCAUGGCUGCCCUUCGGCCUGGCACCCCGGAGGGGGCGGUUCCAAAGCGCCUCGGUGCCCCCCCCCCCCAGCCCCCUUGGGGCGCGGGCUCCCGUGUCUCAUCCCCGCUGGCUUCAGCGGGCCCCCGGGCAGACACCUGGCUCGGGAGUGGCCACCCAGUA